GGUGACGUCAGGCGGGGGCGGGGCCGGCGGCGGCGGCGCAAGAUGGCGGCGACCACGGGCGCGGGAGUAAAAGUUCCUCGUAAUUUUCGUCUUUUGGAAGAACUUGAAGAAGGUCAGAAGGGAGUAGGGGACGGAACAGUUAGCUGGGGCCUUGAAGAUGAUGAAGAUAUGACACUUACGAGAUGGACAGGAAUGAUUAUUGGGCCUCCAAGAACAAUUUAUGAAAACAGAAUAUACAGCCUUAAAAUAGAAUGUGGGCCUAAGUAUCCAGAAGCACCUCCAUUUGUAAGAUUUGUAACAAAAAUUAAUAUGAAUGGAGUAAAUAGUUCUAAUGGAGUGGUGGACCCCAGAGCCAUAUCAGUCCUAGCAAAAUGGCAGAAUUCUUAUAGUAUCAAAGUUGUUCUGCAAGAGCUUCGGCGUCUAAUGAUGUCUAAAGAAAAUAUGAAACUUCCUCAGCCACCUGAAGGACAAUGUUACAGCAAUUAAUUAAAAAAAAAAAAAAACAACAUGCCCCCCCUUAUUCAAUUUAAGCUGUCUUCAUUUUCCACAGUAGUAAAUUUUCUAGAUGCAUCUUGUAGACCUCAAAAUACUGGAAAGGAAGUUCCCAUUCAAAGGAAGUUUUUCUUGAGAUACUGUAAAUGAUACUAAUUUUUUUUUUUUCAUUUGAAAUAUAAGUUGUGCUAUAACAAAUAAUCCUGUCGUGUAACCACUGUCCACAUAGCUGAACUUCUGGUAUCAGGAAAAGUCUAUUUAAAUUUAUUACUGUCAAGACCAGUGUGGCACAUCCAACUUAACUGUGAAAGGAUCCAUCCCACAAUCACCUUGCUGUGUGUCUGGCCUGGGUUAUUUUUUUCUUUCUCUCUCUUUUGCAAUAGAGUCGAAGCUCAGGGCUAUUUAUUAGAGUAGACACAAAGGUUUUUGCUUCCAGUACUACACUGGGCUGUAUGGACUACUACUGGGGAUGUGUGCUAACCUCAGUCAUCCCUCCCUUUGUGCUCGCUCUAGUAAAGGCUGAAUGUGACUGUGGUCGUUUUUGGGUUUUUAUUGUUUUUUUAAAUGCCCUGAUAAUCUGGGCCAAGCUUUCCUUCUUUCCUUUGGCCAAGGCAUAGAUUGUAUUUCUCUUCCUGGUCUCCCUCACCAGUGAUGUGAGCUUUGGGUGAGGGAUUCAGGGUUCUUUUUAUCUCUUCCCUCUUCCCCUCUUUUUAGUGGGGGUGCUGCUUUCUUUUUGCCCCUUUUGGUGACUCUUCUCACCCCUGGCCCAGGGGUGAGCGUCGGGGCAAUAACUUGACCUGUUCCCUCCUGCUUAUCGUUUUGGUUUUGCAACAAAUUUAGUCUUCACCAGCCUGGGAAACAAGAGUAUCUGUUCUGCUGGCAAGCGUGGGUUUUCCCUUCCCUCCGGCACUGCUGCCACACCGCCAAGCUGGCCACGGCCGUGCUCUUAGAUAGGCUUUGACGUGGGGAAAAGAGCAGUAAUUUACCAGGAUUGCCCAAAGUUCUGCUGCCAAGCCUCACUGGGGGACACUCUGCACCCAGAGGUUCUGAACACGCUCCAGGUACCCUCGAAUCACUGUGCUUUGGUGCUUUGGAUUGACCCGAGAAUGUUAAUUAACAAAACGUUGCACUUGUGUUUGCCCCUCCUAAAGAUGUAACAACCACAGACAAAUCAAAUCCGGGCGGUAGAUUUCGUUAGGGCUCUGUAAGUCUUAGAAAUCUCUUCAGUGAAGGUUUUGGGGAAGCGGUGGCACAGCAGAUUAAGGACCUUGAUUGGCUUUGCAUCCUGGCAAAUCACUGCCUUUUCUGGUUUACUCUUCAGGACCACUAACUGCUGCAAUGUGGAUGCAAGCUUACAGGAAACCAACCUAGUGUGUCCUAAGUUUUAUGAAAAAUUCAGUGUUUGUGUAAAAAAAAAAAAAAAUAAAAGAAAAAAUAAGGAAAAAAAGAAAAGAGUAAAAAUAAACACAUUUUAAAGCAGCAGCUGUCAAGUCAAUGAACAAUUGAUGUUUCCAUUAACUUCUGAGGAAAAUAUUAGUUGUAAGGAUUUAACAUCCUCUGUACUGAAAGUUUAACAUAACAGUAUUCCAUAAGCAGCCUUUUUAUUGUAUCAGACCAUUGCCUGAUUUUAAUAUAAUAAAAAGUGUGCAUUAAUAUUAGAA